AAGUUCAACAAUUACAAUUUAUCGACAUACAUAAUACUAAAUCAAUCAAUUAAUCAAAAAUGUCCGAAUCAAUCGCCCUCCUGCGUCGCCGUCGCGCCGACGACCUCACCCGGCUUGCAAACGAACACAUGCAGAAAGACCUCCGGGCCGAAGAUCGCGAAACUCUCAAAUCCGCUGCCUCAACCGUCUCACUCUGGACGGCCAUCGGAUCUGCCGCAGGCGUUGGUCUCGGUCUAUACGUCGCUUUUCGACUCCGCAGCGCGCGAACUGCCUUCUUCCAGGCGUUCCGCGCCAAGGAGAAGCCCACGCAUCUACUUUUUGCAGACGGUCGCCAGGAGUCCAUCCCCGAUCUUACGCCCUUGCUAAAACCGACAACCCUUGGUGACUUUGCGACGUACUUUUUCGCGUCGGCUGGUGGAUUGUUCUUGGGUGGAGAACUUGGAUUCCUCGGUGGAGCGGCCAGUGGGAGCCGUAGUAUCACUAAAGACCCGGAGCAGAGGAGGCGCAUUGAGACCGCGUUUCGGAAGUUCCGGGCGGAUGUGCUGCGCCAGGAAGCAGACUUGCUUGAUCGGGGACAGAUGACUGAUUCCGUUCUCUAAAAUGGUGCUUUGAUUGGUUCGCAUGUGUUGGGUGUCAUGGUAUUAGCAACUCUUCGGUUUCGGUCUUUAAGAGUUAAAAUGUGCAUCAACGAAUGGUUUAUGGGGGUGUAAUGAAUAAUGCUAUAUAUUAACCGAAGGAUAACAUAAG